GCCACAGUACCAGCGUGUGGACAGUUGUGACUGAGUGGGGUGUGAGUUUGUGACAGACAUGGUCGUGUUCAGCAAGUACAGGUACACGGUGGUAGAUCACCUCCCCUGCACAUCCAUCCACCCCUGGACCACCAGCUGCAGCUACAACGCUCUAGUCACCACCCUCCAGGCCGUCUGGGGUAGCGCCAAGUUCUUCGUGUUUAUAUAUCUGUUUCAGUGGCUGCUAAAGUACCGAAGCUUCAAGUACGAUGUACUUGUCCAGCAAGCGAAAAUCUUCAUCAAGUCCUGUCUGUUUGGAGGCUUCUGCACCGGCUCUUCCGUUGCUGUCAUGUGCUUCUUCAGGUGGUUGCUGGGAAGGUACACUGCUCUGACCCUAGGGCUGAUCCCUGGGAUAGUGGGAGGAGGUGGUAUUUUCAUUGAAGAUCCUUCAAGGCGUGGAUUGGACUUCACUCUGUUCAUAGCUCUAGUAGCGGACUUGUACCUUAAGGUAUUUGAAGAAGAAGGGCUGUUCUCCGUUAACAGGAAUACAGAGUUCCUCAUCUUUUCCAGUUGUAGCAGUCUGCUUCUUUACGGUUUAAGAACAAUAAAGGGCUCUUACUCAAUUUUAUGGCCAUUCACACCUCACAGACUUCCUGAAGAUCCCGAGAUGAGGUUACGUUGUCCUCACAAGGAGUCCUGCCUCAACGACAUAACGAGGACUGGAGGAACAUAUUUUUGUUUUGGGCUUCUUUUGCAAUCCCUGAAAGUGACUGUGUUUAACUUCAAGCUCCUUGCCAAACCAACUUUAUUCUUAAAGAACUUCUUUCAGUUCAAUAAUCUACGAUUGCCAUUAUUUGCUGGACUCUAUGUGACUUUACUCAAGAGCAUCAGCUGUUUACUGGUGAAAUGCCGAGGGAAGGACGAGGCCUGGCAUGUCCUGCCUGCCGGUGCCGUGGCUUCUCUCUGCUACCUCAUUCACCCCAACCUCUCCUUAGCUCUGAUCGCAUUCAGCAAUCUUUCCCAGAUCGUGUGCAGACAGUAUAGAAAGAGGCUGAAGUUGCCGGAAUGGCCUUGGGAGGAGAUUUUGUUCAUGCUGUGUAUGGGGUUGAUGUACCACACCAGGGCGUCCCACCCCCAGUGCUUCCCUCGUUACAUGUACAACCUCAUGGAUGCUGCCACUAAUUACAGAACUCAAGUUAUCUACGGACUGGUAGAAAAGCACCUUCUUCUAAGGUAUUAAUUUACGACCAGCUACAUGCCGUUACAAAUUUGGGACAAGUUUCGUGCUCAAAGUUCUUUAAGAGGACUGUGAAAGCCUCCUGCAUCCAAUUUUGACCUUUGAUGCCUAUUUUUGUAAAUUUUGUUAAUAAAGUGCUAUACAGAUUUUUUA